GUGGUAAACAAGCGCAUGUGUUGGGACCUGGAGGGUUCAGCAUGGACUUCACUUCCAAAUGGACCGAUGUUCCGAAAGCUCCCAAUUUGAAGAAUCUGACAGGCGCCCGUUUUGGUCAGUUAAAGGAGACCCAGCAUGCACCAGUCCAGGACCUGACCAAAGCCCACAUCGAGUCCUUCAACCAUGCGGUAACGGAGGGCUUGAACCGAGCUGUGCAGUCAAUCCCACCUUUGGAGUUUAGUGACAAAGAUGACAGAAUAACUCUGGCUUUCGUUGACGCCGUCAUCCACAAUCCGGUCGUAGCCAAAGGAAGUGUGUGCAGAGAGAUGAGGGUGUUUCCAGCGGAGUGUCGGGGAAGAAGAUGCUCCUACAGAGCCAGGAUUGUGGCCGAUGUCAGUUGGUCUAUCAAUGGAGUUCCCAAAGGAAUCAUCAAACAGUCCCUGGGACUGAUCCCUAUUAUGGUCAAGUCAAAGCUGUGUAACCUACAUGGCAUGUCCCCCAAAGACCUGGUGGAGCACCACGAGGAGGCUGAGGAAAUGGGCGGUUACUUCAUUAUCAAUGGGAUUGAGAAAGUGAUCCGUAUGCUGAUCAUGCCGAGGAGGAACUAUCCCAUCGCCAUGUCCAGACCCAAGUGGAAAUCCAGGGGUCAAGGAUACACUCAGUAUGGUAUUUCCAUGCGUUGCGUGAAGGAAGACCACACCGCAGUCAACAUGAACCUUCAUUACCUGGAGAACGGAACUGUGAUGUUGAACUUCAUCCACCAGAAGGAGCUGUUCUUCCUCCCACUAGGCUUUGCACUCAAGGCCCUGGUGGACCUGACAGACUUCCAGAUCCACCAGGAGUUGGUCAAAGGCAGAGAGCAUGACUCCUUCUAUAAGAGCUGCAUCGCUGAAAUGCUGCGGACCGUCAUGGAGGAAGGCUGCACCACCCGACGCAAGGUGCUCAGCUACCUUGGGGAGCGCUUCCGGGUCAAGAUGUACCUCCCAGAGUGGUACACUGAUGAGCAGUGUGCAAACUUCCUGCUUGAUGAGUGCAUCUGCAUCCACCUGAGGACAAACCUGGAAAAGUUCCAUGUGUUGUGUUUAAUGACUCGAAAGCUCUUCACCUUCGCCAAGCAGGAAUGUUUGGAGGAGAACCCAGACAGCAUCAUGUGUCAGGAGGUGCUCACCCCUGGUCAGCUCUACCUCAUGUUCCUCAAGGAGAAGAUGGCUGGCUGGCUGUUGUCUGUGAAAAUGGCCGUGAACAAGAAGAGCAAAAAGGGGAACCUAGAUUGGAACUCUGAAACCAUCUUGAAGGUCUUCAACAUGAGCACGGAUCUGACUAAGGCUUUUGAGUAUCUUCUGGCUACUGGAAACCUCAACUCCAAGAGUGGUCUUGGCAUGCUGCAGAACACUGGCUUGUGUGUCGUCGCUGACAAGCUCAACUUCAUCAGAUACCUGUCGCACUUCCGCUGCGUGCACAGAGGAGCAGCCUUCGCCAAGAUGAGGACCACCUCGGUCCGUAAGCUUCUGCCCGAGUCUUGGGGCUUCCUGUGUCCGGUGCACACGCCAGAUGGAGAGCCGUGCGGCCUCAUGAACCACAUGACAGCCUGUUGUGAAAUCGUGGCACAGAGCUUGUCCACCGCGUCGCUGCCCGCACUUCUGUGCUCGCUUGGGGUCACACCUGUGGACGGUGGCUCGGGCCAAGACUUGUCUGACUGCUACCAAGUGGUCCUGGAUGGGGCCUUUGUCGGCUGGCUGCAGGCCGCCUUGGCGCCUGCUAUAGUGGACUCGCUGCGCAGGUUGAAGGUAAAAGGUGCAGCUUCAUUCAGUCGUCCACCUCGCAGACAAGGAGGGAAAGAUUUUUUUUCCAAUUUACUUCAGGUGCUGCGAGAGAAGAGGAUCCCUCCUUGGACUGAAAUCGUUUUGGUCCCCAAGACAGACAAAGCCAGCAUGUACCCAGGCCUGUACCUCUUCACGACACCAUGUCGAAUGGUGCGACCUGUCUACAACUUGUCUCUGGGGAAGCAGGAAAUGAUUGGCACCUUUGAGCAGCUUUACCUCAACGUAGGCAUUCAGGAGUCGGAGAUUGAGCCUGGUGUGACCACACACCAGGAGCUCUUUCCUCACAGCAUGCUCAGUGUGGUGGCCAACUUCAUCCCGUACUCGGACCACAACCAGAGUCCCAGGAACAUGUACCAGUGUCAGAUGGGUAAACAGACGAUGGGCUUCCCGCUGCAGGCCUUCAUGGAUCGCACCGAUAACAAGCUGUACCGCCUCCAGACCCCGCAGAGCCCGUUGGUCAGGCCGUACAUGUAUGACCACUACAGCCUGGACAAUUACCCCAGCGGCACCAAUGCAGUUGUGGCAGUUAUCUCGUACACAGGCUACGAUAUGGAAGAUGCCAUGAUAGUCAACAAGUCGUCGUGGGAGCGGGGCUUCGCUCACGGCAGCAUCUACAAGACUGAGCUGGUGGACCUGGCGGACAGGGUGAGGAACAACGACGCGGUGGUGUUCGGCGCCAGUCCAGAUGACCCCAAGGUGAAAGGAAAGCUGGAUGAGGAUGGACUUCCUUACAUCGGUUCAAAGAUUCAGUACGGGGACCCAUACUACAGCUACAUCAGCCUCAACACAGGGCAGACUUUCGUCACCUACUACAAGAACCAAGAGUCUUGUGUGGUGGACAACAUAAAGGUCUGCAGUAAUGAAUCCGGCUCCGGACGCUUGAAGCGCGUUUGCAUCACCAUGCGGGUGCCCCGGAACCCCACCAUCGGUGAUAAGUUUGCCAGCCGGCACGGCCAAAAGGGCAUCCUCAGUCGGUUGUGGCCUGCGGAGGACAUGCCUUUCUCUGAGAGCGGCAUGAGUCCAGACAUCCUGUUCAACCCGCACGGCUUCCCUUCGCGUAUGACCAUCGGGAUGCUGAUCGAGAGCAUGGCAGGCAAGUCAGGCGCUCUGCACGGCCUGAGCCACGACGCCACGCCCUUCACCUUCUCCGAGGACAACUCUGCCCUGGACUACUUCGGAGAGAUGCUGCGGGCUGCUGGCUAUAACUACUAUGGCACGGAGCGUCUCUACAGUGGCCUCAGCGGGCUGGAGCUGGAGGCAGACAUCUUCAUCGGGGUGGUGUAUUACCAGCGGCUGCGUCACAUGGUCUCAGACAAGUUCCAGGUCAGGACCACGGGGGCCAGGGACAAGGUGACAAACCAACCGAUCGGUGGGAGGAACGUCCAGGGAGGCAUUCGCUUUGGGGAGAUGGAGCGAGACGCAUUGCUGGCUCAUGGGUCUUCCUUCCUCCUUCACGACCGACUCUUCAACUGCUCGGACCGGUCAGUGGCUCAGGUGUGUGUGGACUGCGGCAGCCUGCUCUCCCCACUGCUGGAGAAGCCCGCCCCCUACUGGUCAUCCACGCGACACCGCAGGACUGUCUGCUCUCUGUGUGGCAAGAGUGACUCCAUUGACUCUGUGUCGGUCCCGUACGUGUUUCGCUACUUUGUAGCCGAACUCGCGGCCAUGAACAUCAAGGUCAAACUAGAGGUGAAAUAAUGAGGCGACUUGAAUGUGUCAGAGAAAGAUGGUCUGAUCGAUUAUCAUAAUAACAAUAAAUUAAAGUCCAUUGUAUGGAACAAAUACUAGUAUUUGUCUACUUGAAACUUCAUCUAAUCUAAAAAUGUCUUCUACUUUCUUGACAAUGUAUCCUGUAGCCAGUGGAAUGUUCCUAAGACAACUCUGACUGGAGGGAAAACUACACUUUAUUUCAAUAAAAGGUCCCGUAAUGUAACAUUGAUGGGAUUAAACCACACACAUUUUUACUGAAACUUGUGUUUAAAAAAAAAAAAAAAUAAUAAUAAGAAAUUUUUUUUAUUAAAGUACUACUAUUAAAGUAGUA